CUUUCCAGUUGAAAAAAUAGAACUACUACUACUACAAACCCAAUUUUUAGUGAGUAAACGAGAAAAUGGAGCAAUUAAAUAACGAAGCCCAAACAUCGUCUUCUGGUAUUCCUAAAGAAGAAAAUAGAGAUAUAGUUUUGGGCCAUCGUUCUUGUAAAACAUGCGAUGCAAAAUGGCUCUGUAUUGAAAAUGUUUAUCAGAAAUUCCACAGGCCUAAUUAUUAUGACAUUGGAGGUACAUAUUAUUUAGAGGAUUUACCAGAUUUUUGGUUCACAAGUAAAACAGAACAAGUAGGCGAUAUAUUCCUGCUGCAUAUAUUCAUCCAAAGAUAUUGUGAAGGAUCAUUCUCUAUAAGUAUUAGUUAUGGCAGUGAAAUGGAAAUUGACAAAAAACAAAAAAUAGUCCGGUUAACAAAGUCACUAAAGGAAUAUAAAUUUGAAAACACCAGAGAAAACAGUAAUUCCACACAAAUUGAAGGUGAACCAGAGCUAGGUUGCUUAGAAUAUGUAAGCACUUACAAUUUCUCUAAUCUUGAUGUUGGAUUCAUGAAAAAUAAAUCACUGUACAUAGCCAUUGCAUUUCCCAGUCCGAAAAUACUGAAUCUGAAUGUUUUUGAUAAAUUGUUAACAGUUCAUACUUUUGAAGGAUUACUCAAAAAUUUGGAGGAUGCAGAUUUUACUUUAGUGUCUGAAGAUGGAGAAAAAUUCAGAGUGCAUAAAGCCAUUCUGGCUGCACAUAGUGAUGUAUUCAAAGCUAUGUUCAGGGAAGAGACAAUUGAGAGUCAGAAGCAGUUGGUAAAACUUGUAGACGUGACUGCAGAAGAUUUGAAAUACUUGAUAGAAUAUCUAUAUACUGGUUACCUAAAAAAUUUAGAAAAUGCCGACUUUGUCAACCUGCUAAUGAUAGCUGACAGAUACAAUCUAAAAGGCUUAAGACAUCUUUCUCAGUGUGCACUUGCUGAACAGCUGACAAUAGAAAAUGCAUUCUAUAUAUUAGCAAUGGCAGAUAUGUACGAUUCUAAUUAUUUGAAGGCAGAAUCGCUAAAGUUCAUUAAAAAGAACAAAGACACUUUAAAAGUAAACACCUUCAAAGACAUCACUAAUGCAGAAUUAGUAAGAGAACUUUUCACUUACCUUGUUGAUGAAGACUAAGCCUAAAUUUUUACCCUAUUUUGUUAGAAAGUGUCCACUUUCUGUUUAUUUACUGGUCUUCUAAUAAAAUUAAUUUAAAGUAUGUGUAUGUGGCAGUGUCAAUAUAUUUUAUUGUCUAAGACAAGUUUGUGGUAUAACCAUUUAAUGUAAUAAAGGACAAUAUUAUUGUCAAAA